UUGCUAUUUCUGUCAAAUCGGUGACGAAAGAUGAAAUUUUAAUUAUUCCAAAAUAGUUCAAUAAUUUAAGUUAAAUACUUACUUAUACUUUUAUUACCAUUCCAAGUUCUAGAAUACUAUUUUAUCUAAUAAGAUGUCUCACAACGUUAAAAUUCUUCCUGGGGCUACAGUUUGCGAGGAUUGUACACUAGAAGGAGAUAUUACAAUCGGUGGAGGCACAGUUAUUCACCCCAGAGUGACAAUCAUUGCGGAAGGUGGACCUAUAAUAAUAGCUGAAUAUUGUAUCAUUGAAGAAUAUUCCACUAUUAUUCACAAAAAAAGCGAUAAGCAAGAGAAUCCUCCGAAACCCUUAUUCAUUGGUGCUCAUAAUGUGUUUGAAGUAGGCUGCAAGUUGGAGUCCCCAUGUGGCCACAUAGGAGAGAGCAAUGUUUUUGAAUGCAGGUCAUUUGUGGGUGUUGAUGUCAAAAUAGGAAGUGGAUGUGUUAUUGGGGCAGCCUGCCGUCUGACAGCACCUCAAACUCUAGCAGACAACACUGUGAUAUGGGGAUCUGAACAUCAUGUACGAGAAGCUCUAGAAAAACAGCCAUCACAGCUAUUACAACUAGACUUUUUAAGCAAAGUUAUGCCCAAUUAUCACAGACUGAGAAAGCCUAAUGUCCAUAAAAGACAAUCUUCUACAAGACAAUCUCAAGAAUCGUCCCCAAAACCAUAAACCACAUUAAACUUACUGUGCAAUGCUGUAUUAUAUUAAUUUUUACUAAUUUGUAGCUUGUAAUGCACUAUGUUAAGAUUUUAUAUUAAUUUA